AUGGCGGCCACCACCAACCAGGCGAGCCUCCUCAUGCAGAAGCAGCUCAGAGAUCUCGCGAAGCACCUGGUGGAUGGGUUUUCGGCUGGGCUGGUCGACGACAGCAACGUCUUCGAGUGGCAGGUCACCAUCAUCGGACCGCCUAACACCCUAUAG